AGACGACAGUUUGGCUUCGUCCCGGAGGUGGGCGCGGAGACCGCCGAGUCCGGCGGCCCCUUUAAUCGGGGGCGCGCGUUGGCCAGCCCGCGCGCUCUCGUCACCGGGCCGGAGCAGGAGCGGGAGCCGAAGCCGAGCCGAGGCCAGAGCGGGAGGAAUGGAGUCCUCGCGCGCGCCCGCGCUGCGCCGCUUGCUGCCGCCGCUGCUGCUCCUGCUGCUGCCACUGUCCCCCCGCGCCCGGGCCAAGUACGUGAGGGGCAACCUCAGCUCCAAGGAGGACUGGGUCUUCCUGACAAGAUUUUGUUUCCUCUCCGAUUAUGGCCGACUGGACUUCCGAUUCCGAUACCCGGAGGCCAGGUGCUGUCAGAACAUACUCCUUUAUUUCGACGACCCCUCCCAGUGGCCAGCUGUGUACAAGGCAAGGGACAAGGACUGCUUGGCCAAGGAGUCUGUGAUCAGGCCGGAGAACAACCAGGUCAUCAAUCUCACCACUCAGUAUGCCUGGUCAGGCUGUCAGGUGGUGUCAGAAGAGGGAACUCGCUACAUGAGCUGCUCCAGUGGCCGCAGCUUCCGCUCUGUGCGUGAGAGGUGGUGGUACAUUGCACUCAGCAAGUGUGGGGGAGAUGGGCUGCAGCUGGAGUAUGAGAUGGUCCUCACCAACGGCAAGUCCUUCUGGACACGGCACUUCUCAGCUGAUGAAUUUGGGAUCCUGGAGACGGAUGUGACCUUUCUCCUCAUCUUCACCCUCAUCUUCAUCCUCUCUUGUUACUUUGGAUAUUUGCUGAAAGGCCGACAGUUACUCCAUACAACUUAUAAAAUGUUCAUGGCGGCAGCAGGCGUGGAGGUCCUGAGCCUCCUGUUCUUCUGCAUCUACUGGGGCCAGUACGCCACAGAUGGUGUUGGCAAUGGGAGCCUGAAGAUCUUGGCCAAGCUGCUCUUCUCCUCCAGCUUCCUCAUCUUCCUGCUCACGCUCAUCCUUCUGGGGAAGGGAUUCACGGUGACACGAGGCCGCAUCAGCCACUCGGGCUCCGUGAAGUUGUCCGUGUACAUGACCCUGUACACGCUCACCCACGUGGUACUGCUCAUCUAUGAGGCAGAAUUCUUUGAUCCAGGCCAGGUACUGUACACAUAUGAGUCUCCGGCUGGUUACGGGCUCAUCGGGCUGCAGGUGGCAGCCUACGUGUGGUUCUGCUAUGCUGUUCUGGUGUCCCUUCGUCACUUUCCUGAGAAGCAGCCCUUUUAUGUGCCCUUCUUUGCUGCCUAUACUCUCUGGUUCUUCGCUGUUCCUGUCAUGGCCCUGAUUGCCAAUUUUGGGAUCCCGAAGUGGGCCCGAGAGAAGAUCGUCAAUGGCAUCCAGCUGGGGAUCCACUUGUAUGCCCACGGCGUGUUUCUGAUCAUGACUCGCCCGUCCGCGGCCAAUAAGAACUUCCCAUACCACGUGCGAACUUCGCAGAUCGCCUCUGCUGGGGUCCCGGGACCCGGAGGGAGCCAAUCCGCAGAUAAGGCAUUCCCGCAGCACGUCUAUGGAAACGUGACAUUCAUCAGCGACUCGGUGCCCAACUUCACGGAGCUCUUCUCCAUCCCCCCGCCCACCUCCUCUGCCGGGAAGCAGGUGGAGGAGACAGCGGUGGCGGCGGCAGCGGCCCCGAGGGGCCGCGUGGUGACCAUGGCCGAGCUGGGCGCAGCCUCCCCGCCCGCUCCCACUCGGUACCCCAAGGCGGUCGACUCGGGCUGGGAUGGCCCGACGCCGUCCUACCAGCCGCUCGUACCCCAGACGGCUGCGCCGCACACCGGCUUCACCGAAUACUUCAGCAUGCACACGGCCGGGGGCCCUGCACCCCCGGUCUGAGCAUCCCUGCCCCGCCUCUGCCCCACGGGCGGCGCACCGGGCCCGGCUGGGCUCCGGAACCCCCUCUCUUUCCCGGCCCAAGGGCUCGGCCAUGCCAGGCAUCCCCCCGCCCCCGCCCCUCUCACACCCCGCACCCAGGUAGGGUGCGCUGCGUCCCGCCCCUUUCCCUCUUGUGCCAAACGGUCCCGCAGGAGCCGCUCUCCGCGUCCCCUCCCUCAGCCCCUGCCCCGAACGGCUCCGGAAUCUGGACUCCCGCUGUUCCGUGAUCUCCGCCCCCCUGACCCCCUCCGAGACCUCUGACCCUGCUGGACUCCGGAACACCCGUGACGACCGCCUGGACCCCCAGCCCGUGACUCUCCAGGACCCUGCGACCCACGAGCCACUCUUCGGGGACGGAUAUUGUGAAGUUGGUCUCUACUUUGAAACCCUCUCUGGGGUUUGUGACCUCGGACCCGUGCUUUGUCCGUCCCUAUCUGCAUGUCAGGGGCCUUCCCAUGGUCCCUGGCAGAAAGACGUUUUCUCUUCUUGCCAAAAUAAAAAAGAGGAUUCGUUGAG